AUGGCACCUUCCAAGUCCAAAAAGACGGCCAAGACCAAUGUCAGCGCCAUCGCCUCUUCCCUUUCCGGACAAGGAGAUUUCACGCGCAAAAAGGCAAAAGUGGGGGUGAAAAAGGUGGGGAGCAACGCGACGAGGACAGAUUUCAAGGCGAGAUCCAUCGCGCUGCCCAAUCAAUCCGUACUCGGCGCGGCACAUCGCAACGACGAGAGACCGCAAGGCGCAGAAGCAUCGUUGGAGGAUGUGAGGACUAGAAGAGGCUUGGGAUUGGCCCAGCUGGUGGUGCAGACGAGGCACUACAGCAAGGAUGUAAAGAGGGGUGAGUACGGACAGCAUGUAGAGUGGCAAGUGAGCCAAGCAAAGCUCAGCUCGGACUCUGCAACGCCCCCCAUUUUCGUAGAGUCGCUCGCCUCCAUACAGGAACUGCUCGGCAGCCAUUCGCACCUAAUCUCCUCCAGCGCAUCCCACGUCAUUCCUGCAGUGUCGGUGCUGCUAGGCGACACGGAUGCUGGCGUCCGUCGCACAUUGGCAAAGCUGCUCUUCUGGUAUCUGCCCAGGCUACCGCCCGCAGUCCUCUCUCCUCACCUCUCCACCCUCAUCCUCUACACCACUUCAGCGCUCAGCAACAUCUACGCCCAGGUUCGCAUCGAUGCUUUGUCCACGCUCGAUUUGCUGAUUCGUAUCGCACCCGCGCAUGUAUGCGCAGGUUGGCAAGACGCUCCUGCCAUCCGGUCCCUCGCCUCGACAUCCACCCUUGCUUGCACUUCUCCUUUGCAAAGUGCAAGCACCAGCGCCGGAGCUAGAGUCGCGGAUUGCUUUUGCACCCUUCUCGGCUUGCACUCCCAUGCCAAUGCCAAUGCUGCACCAGCAUCUACCCUUGGCUCAGCAGCAUCAAUGGGCUCAGCGCAGAUCAGCACCGUAGCCUCAGAUCUGAGCUCAUCUGCCAAGAUUCGCCUAUUCCAGACACUCUCAGCUUUCCUUGUCGCCGCGGAACGUGGGCAACGGCAGACGCAUCACGUCGAGGCUGAGGCGCAUGAGGAGUUCGGAGAGACCGAAGAAGAUCUUGCCGCCUCUUUCUGGCCCAUCGCGUCUUCGUUCCGCACACCAGCUGCAUACCGCGCUUUUCUGCAUUCUCUUGCGCUUCAUUCGCCAUCGAGUGCAAAGCGUGAUGACGCCGUCGUUGACUGGUCCCACAACAUAGCAUCAGGCAGCUUCGGAAGCAGCGCCACGCAGUGCACACGGCUCACCGAUCCGCUCACGACGGCGUCUUCGUCAGCAGCAGGUCAUUGGAACUUGCAGGACCUUCAAGGAGGCAUGCGAGACUGCAUCGCUUCUGGCUCUGCGACCUUUCAGUGCCAUGCCCUCGCCGCGUCAACUUCGACGAUUGACGAUGCGCGCCAAGUGCUUUUCCAAGCAUUAUCCCCGCUUCUCUUGUCUUCCUUCUUAGAAGCUGCUCCGGCCGCCUUCCCCGCCGCUCUACCUGACUCUUCUCCCGCGUCAAGAGCUGAGAAUUUGGACUUGGUGCAAGGCGUGAUUGAUUUGACGCGGGCGCUCUGGCAAGGGAACGGGAACGCGCCGUCUAAAGAAGACGGCGCACGAUCCCAAGCGGCCCACACGCUUGGCGCUCUGCUUCAGAAAUGGUCAAAGUGGUGGCCUUUUGCUGGCAGGCCAGCCGAGGGAGCCCAAUCACCGUCAGACUCUACCAUCGCUCGCUUGCAAGCUCUAGACACGGCGUUUGCGGAACUGUACGCUCUUUGGAUGUUUGCGGGUGUCCGGCCUGACCAAGCGCAAAGGAAGGACAAGGCAAGAAUGGUCAGGUUGUCCGACGUGCAGGCGCACGUUGUCGAUGUUCUCUUGCGCGACGCACGUAGCAAUGAAGGUUUUGAUUGGGAUGUGUUCCCACAGGCACCAGGGACGAAGGCCAAAGGAGAAGUUUCCCUUCAAACAGUCGUGCCUGCCUCUGCUGUACAGGGCGCUCAAAGUCCACGGUCCCUCACAGCAGAAGAAUACACGGCUCUCUUGCCCAGCGUCUGGAUGCUGCUAAAUCGACGAAAAGAUGUUGGUGAGGGCGUUGCAACCUCAGAAAUGGCUGCCUCGGACAUGGACAACGGCGUACAUGCUGUAUUCGUUGCGCUGCUUGAACACUGGUGCGCUGCGAAAGGGCUAGCGAAACGCGCCGCGACCAAGGCUAUCUGCGCAUUUGUUUUGGUGAGUCUGCAUGCAUCAGAUGAGCCAGGACUGCGCAAGGUGCCCAUUCGUCCAAGACUUUUCUCUCCUACGUCACAGGUACACUCCUCCCCAUCAUCUGCUUGCCUCUUCUCUCCAUCGCUCAAAUGCGGGAGGUACAGUGCGCCAUUGCGCAAUUGGCUCAGCAUGCUUCCUCGCUACCUGUGGGAAUUGAGCAACAAACAUCCACCCACUUCUCUCAGCAUCUUGACAUUCAUGCAUGCCCUCGUCCUGCAAGCUCCUCCGUCAUCCUCAAGCACCUCGUCCAGCUCUUCGCUGGGCUUCUUGCAUCCUCUCCUUGUUCCUUUCUUUCAGGUGAAAGCGGGAAGCAAGACAAUCAAGGGACCUUACUAUAGGUUGGAUUCAAAGUGUCAAGCUAGAGCUAAAGGACUGUUGUUUGCUCUUCAACCCCUCGAUCAAGGGCUUCGAGAUGCCGCGGAGAGCGUCGGGGCGGUUUAG